AUGUCUCCAUACCGUGGACUCUUUCGAGUCCUGUCCCUCGUCGUCGCCAUCCUUUCCAUUCUAGUGUCAGCAGAACAUACAUCGAAUUGGGCUGUUCUUGUUUCGACCUCGCGUUUUUGGUUUAAUUACCGCCAUCUUGCCAAUGUCCUCUCCCUGUAUCGCACCGUCAAGCGGUUAGGGAUCCCCGACUCCCAAAUCAUCCUUAUGCUCCCCGACGAUAUGGCCUGCAACCCCCGAAAUGCAUUCCCAGGAACGGUUUACAGCAAUGCGGACCGCGCAGUGGAUCUUUAUGGAGAUAACAUCGAGGUGGAUUAUCGGGGCUACGAAGUGACGGUGGAGAAUUUCAUCCGCCUUUUGACCGAUCGGUUAGACGACGAUGUACCGCGCAGCAAACGCCUAGGGUCCGAUGCAGGAAGUAACGUACUUGUAUACAUGACUGGACAUGGGGGGGAUCAGUUCCUGAAAUUCCAGGACUCCGAGGAAAUCGGUGCUUGGGACCUGGCCGACGCGUUCGGUCAGAUGUGGGAAAAGAAGCGUUAUCAUGAACUAUUGUUCAUGAUCGAUACCUGCCAGGCCAACACCAUGUACACCCAUUUUUACUCGCCGAAUAUAGUUGCGACCGGAUCUAGUGAGCUGGACCAAUCCUCCUACUCUCAUCACGCCGACAACGACGUCGGCGUUGCGGUCAUUGAUCGCUGGACGUACUAUGUGCUUGAAUUCCUUGAGACCCAGGUGACGAGCGCCAACUCAAAGUUAACGCUUGGUGAUUUAUUUGACUCAUAUGAUGAAUCCAAAAUUCAUUCUCAGCCAGGGGUGCGAUGGGACCUCUUUCCAGGCGGCGAACAGGAGGGACGCUUACGCACCGUUGUGGACUUCUUCGGCAACGUCCAGAAUGUUGAGGUCGAAAAUAGUACUGCGAGCGACCCGGGCUCAUUGAAGGAGGACCUCAUUGAAAUUGCUCGAUUGGUAGAGAAAUGGCGCCUACGGGAUCGAGAAUACCUCUCUCAGCACAACGAUUCUGUUGAUGGGAACAACGCCAGUGUUCCAUCUUUUAAUGCCGGAACAGAAAAUUCAUACUCAGUUCAGCUCCAGAAAAAGAAUGUUGUGCCCGCAAAAUUAACUGAAGAGACUAUCUGGGAGAAGCGAUUUAUUGGUGCCACUGUUUUAGGCGUUUGUGCUGCUGUUUGGCUCACCGGGUUGUUCUUGGGCGGGUCCUCAGUUUGA